GGCUGGCGGCCGCCCGUCCGCGUCUCUGGGCUCCUCACCUCGCAGCGAGCGGCGGUUGCGGCUGCCGGGCUGGAGGAAGGCGGAGGGAGGCAAAGAAGAAGAUUUUGCCUUUCCCUGUCAGUGUUUUUCAGCUUCAUGAGCUGUGGGAACAUUUUGAACUCCUUACAAGGGAUCAGUGAAAGCAACUAGGAGAAACCAGCCAGAAAAGUUUUUGGUGGAGAUCGUGGAACUGCUCCUCCUUCACUGCUGCUCUGUGAGACCAAGUAUGAAACGUGCUCAAAAAGAAGCAGCAAGUCUUGAGCAAACCCAGAGGUAUUGCGUGCAGAGACCAAUAUACAACCAGGAGCUCCUGCAAGGACAGCUGCACAGGCGACAGAGAACCCCUCAGACUUUAGGGCAGAAGAUUGCACAUUCUUGUCGUUGUUCUUCUAAGAAAGCCAAGUCCCAUCUUUACGGUUUCUUACCAAUUUUAAAAUGGCUUCCUCGUUACCCAGUGAAGGAAUACUUAUUGGGAGACAUUAUCUCAGGUAUAAGCACUGGAAUCAUGCAGCUUCCUCAAGGUUUGGCCUAUGCUUUGCUGGCAGCUGUUCCCCCAGUAUUUGGGCUAUAUUCUUCAUUUUAUCCUGUUUUUCUAUAUACUUUUUUUGGAACCUCCAGGCACAUAUCAAUAGGCACUUUUGCUGUGGUUAGUAUGAUGAUUGGUGGUGUUGCUGUGAGAGAAGUGCCUGAAGAAAUUAUUACUCUGGACUUUAAUUCUACUAAUAUUACAGAUGUCCUUGAAUAUUACAGUGCUAAGGAUACCCAGAGGGUGCAGGUAGCUGUGGCUCUCGCCUUUCUUUCAGGACUUAUCCAGUUGUGUUUAGGUUUCCUUCGAUUUGGCUUUGUGGCCAUCUAUCUAACGGAGCCUCUGGUGCGAGGAUUCACCACUGCAGCUGCAGUUCAUGUCUUUAUUUCCCAAUUAAAGUAUCUCCUUGGCAUCCAGACCUGCCGGUACAGUGGGCCCCUCUCAGUUGUAUAUACCCUAGCUGCUGUGUUUUCAAAAAUAACAACAACCAAUAUUGCUGCAUUGAUUGUUGGAUUAACAUGCAUUGUUCUAUUGCUGAUUGGCAAGACAAUCAAUCUCCGGUUUAAGAAGAAGCUCCCAGUUCCUAUUCCUAUGGAGAUCAUUGUGGUCAUUAUUGGCACAGGAGUCUCAGCUGGAAUGAAUCUGAAUGAGUCAUACAAAGUGAAUGUUGUUGGGAAUAUUCCUCAAGGGUUACGUGCACCAGCAGUUCCUGAAAUUCAUCUAAGCCCAGCAAUACUUGGGGAUGCAGUAGCAAUAGCAAUAGUUGGAUUUUCAAUGGCUGUAUCAAUGGCCAAGAUCUUUGCCCUUAAACAUGGUUACACCAUCAAUGGGAAUCAGGAACUUAUUGCUUUGGGAAUAUGCAACUCUGUGGGGUCAUUUUUCCAAACCUUUCCAGUCACGUGCUCAAUGUCUCGGAGUCUUGUCCAGGAGGGCACCGGUGGAAAAACUCAGAUUGCAGGUGCACUCUCUGCAGUUAUGGUUCUGUUGGUAAUUGUGGCUAUUGGAUACCUUUUUGAACCACUUCCUCAGGCAGUGCUAGCUGCAAUUGUCAUGGUGAACCUAAAGGGAAUGCUUAAACAGUUUAAAGAUAUCUUGCGCUUCUGGAGAACCAGUAAGAUCGAGCUGGCCAUCUGGGUGGUAGCUUUUCUGGCUUCUCUUUUCCUGGGACUAGACUAUGGUUUGCUUACUGCAGUAACAUUUGCAAUGAUAACCGUUAUUUACAGAACACAAAGCCCUGAAUACAGAAUCCUUGGUCAGAUUCCUAACACUGACAUCUACUGUGACGUGGAAGAAUAUGAAGAGGUUAAAGAAUAUCCUGGAAUCAAAAUAUUUCAAGCUAAUGCAUCUCUUUAUUUUGCUAAUAGUGAGUCAUAUAGAAACGCACUGAGGAAAAAGACUGGAGUGGACCCUAGUGCCUUAUUAGCAGCAAGGAGAAAAGCCCAGAAGCGCCAUGCCAGGGAGAUAAAGGCAGCAAAUAAGCACGGAAAGAAAGCUGUGCUGAAGCUCGUGAGCUCUUCGACGAACGACGUAGAAGCAAGUGCAAAACAUGAGAUAGCAAGUGAUGACUUACCUGUGAAUGGAAAAUUUGCAGAUUCUAGUGUACAAGACAUGUCUCUUGAUGAACAUGAACACUUUGUGGAGCCCAAAACGAAUAUUCACUCUUUAAUUCUGGAUUUCACCCCAGUGAAUUUUGUGGAUUCAGUUGGAGCAAAAACACUAAAAUUAAUCAUAAAAAAAUACAACGAUGUUGGUGUCUAUGUCUGCAUUGCCAGCUGUAGUGACCCUGUGACAAAUGAGCUGACAAGACUGAAUUUUUUUGAUAAAAGUGUAACAAGAGAGUUGCUGUUUCACAGUAUUCACGAUGCUGUCCUUGCUUGCCAAGUGAAACAUGGGUCUGCUGCACAUGCUGACUCCAACCUUUGAAGAGUGGCAUCAAGCAGAAUGGGAGCCAGAUUUAUUCUGAUGGAUACUUUCUGGAUAUUUAAUUUGCACACAUUGAAGAGAGCCUGAAGCUGUUUGUAUCUACGGGUAUGGGGUGGUGCUUAUUUUUUCUAGGAAGAGUGGAUAAGGAAAUGGAAGCCUUCAUGCUCUUGAAUUUUUUCCUUCAAUCAGGGUAUAGCCUUCUAAUAAUACACAAGCACAAAAUUAUGCAAGAAAAUAAAAUUCAAUGUAUUCUGCUGCAAUCAGAAUCUGGUGGACAAGGUGACAUUCCUAUUCCUGGUGAGAAAAUGGGCACUUUAAUUCACUAUGAGCAGGAUCUUGCAGGAGGUAACUCUUCUGCAAGUGCAAUACACUGUACCAGUGUAUUUAAAGAACUUUCUAAGAUGACUCUUAAAGCCUGAUGUCAACAUCUGCAUACAAAAGAUUUGUACAAGGUAUAAUACUCUGCCAGCUGGAUAAAUGAAUUCCCACUGGUGGCAUUUAGCUGCUGCUGUUUUUAAAUCUGGAUGGUACAGUUAUUUUUUAAAAAAUACCUAACCUGUCUCAGUUAUACUCAAUUCUUCAUUUUUGCUCUAAGUGAACUUCAAGUCAGAAACUCAUUGUUUAAUUAUUACAUUAUAAGUAUGGUACUAGCACUGCCAAAACUCAGGCUUUCUAGAAAAGAACACAGCUGAUUUUAAGCUAAACUUAAUUUAGCUUCAAAGUUUGAAGACAAAACUGGUUUAGGACAGGAAUGAAACCUAUUUAAGAACUGAUGCCCUAUAUGCAGUCUCUUUAGGAAUGAAAAUUUAAGCAAGAUCUAAAGUCUCAGUGGUCCAAAAAAAAAAAAAAAGGUACUUUUCUGUUUCCCAUCUUCCUCCCAGUAGUGCUGCUUCUGCCUCAGCUUUUAAGUGCUUUGAGAAAUAGAGUUCAAUAGAACUCAAAAAUGGUACAUGUUUCUUUUUGUCAGCCUGGCCACUAUGGUACUGCCUCACUUCAGGUGUGAGACGAAAACCACAGAACUCAUGCAAAAGAAAUCUUCAAUGCCCGUUUCCCUCACAACAGUCACUGUGAAGCUCAGCAGAGGCAGGAACCUAAAAGUGUUUCUUUCUAGGUUAUUUUGACAGUACAGGGCAAGUAGGGCAUCAGGCAUGUUUCACUCAGCACCCUCAAAUCACAGCUCCUGUGCACAAGGAAUUCAGACACCUUCCUCACCUCUGGUGACAGAAUGUAAUACUCUUAUUUUACUUCAGGCUCUGUUGCAGUUAGGGAUUGCCUUCAGGUAAACUGUUUCCAGGAACCAGGGAAGUUGGGGAAGAUACUUCAUCUCCUCAGACUCCCCUACCCAUAGGGAUGGGAAGCUUUCUGCAUCAGAAAUUGCUGCUUAGCUGGAGUUCAAAGGAUAAAGUGCAUGCAUGUCAAGACAUUGUGUGUGCUUAUUUAAACAACUUUUGGUACAUUUUAUAACAUUCAACAAGCCUUUGUAUCUACAUACAGUAUAUUUUUCUACUUUCAGCUUGUUGCAGCUUCAGUUUUUAACUCUGUAGUCUCUUCGGUUCACUUUGAGAUCCUGUCAACUUCCAAAAUAAAGUGAUGUCACUUGUCAAAAUUU